UCAACAUUAAAUUCUAAUACCAUGUACUUAAUUAGACACUCAAUUCACUACUUUUAGUUGUGGACCACAUUUGAUACAGAAUAUGGGAACGCAUCAUCAAUGUACAACAUAGAUUUAUGCAUUACAUAUACAGAGAUCUCCUUCUGGAACGUACCGAUAUUCAGGAAUAUGAUUGAUAAUAUAACAUGUAACGGAUCAAUAAUAACUUACACACCUUAUACUACAUUAAAUAUAACUGAGAAAAGAGAGAUUUGUUACCAAAAUACUAAUGUAAAAAGUGUGACUGUUAGUGAUAUGGAUAACAUUAGAAGAGAACUGUUUUGUGAUAAUUUAACAACUAGCACCAACCAAACAAUGCCAGAACAGACGUCAAAGACAACCAUAACAAAUGAGUCACCGUCAGAAUUGUCUAACCUUUGCCUUGAAAUACCACAGAUCUUGUUUUUAACUAUACCAGCAGCAGUCAUUUUGAUUCUUGUCACGGCAACAAUCACUGCAUUAGUUUCAAAAAGAUCAAAUUCUAAGAAACCAACAGAUAUAGAUCCUGAUGAUGUUAUACUCAGACAGAUACAACCAACAGAUUUAGAGAUGAAAGAUAUCAUUCAAAUGAACAAUUACAGAGGUAAACUGAUAGAAAACGACAUCUACCAAAGGGCUAGCGGAGUACACGACGCAGGUAAUUACUCUGGAAUCAAUGAUAUCAGCACGUCAGAUGCAUAUUCUACUGUUGUCAAAGACUAUAAUGUUGUGCGAGACUCCAGCGUUGUCAGGGAAGCCAAUCUUGUCAGAGACUCCAAUGUUGUCAGAAAUUCUAAUGUUGUCAGAAACACAAAUGAAUCUAGCGAAGGACAUUUACCAUAUUCUGUAGAAAAUAUAGACACAGAGAGUAUGCCAGAGGACUAUUUAUACUCUCAAGUGCAGAAAAAUAAAAUGGAGUAAAGAGAUCUUUUACCGAAGGAAAGACAUAGAAAUUUUAUGCACAAGUAGUGAGGGUAAAAAGACAAUAAAAAAUAUUUGCUCUAGUUCAUGUUAAAUGUUAAAAUCACAACCUAUCGCCUUAUGUUUAAAAAAAUAAGGUAACGAUUAAUAAAACCAUACCAUUGUAACCGGAAGUAGAACUCUUUAAAUGCAU